AUGAUCAGCUCUGCAGAAUCUACAAGAAGUUUAAGAAGUCAAAGUAUUAGUUUAAAAUUUGACAAAAGAAAAUUUAAUGAUAGCCUGCUUGAAGAAAAAAUCAACAAAAAGGUCAAAUUAUUUGAAAAUGAAAAUAAUGAACUUGAAUUAGAUAUUGAUAAUAAUAUACAAUCUAGCAAUAAUGAUUAUAUCACUGAAGAAAUUAAUCUUGAUAUUGACACUCGCUGUGGUUUAAAUUUUUAA